CCGUCGGUCCGUUUUGCGGUUGCGCCGAACGCUCCACAGCGACCAUAGAGUGCUGAUCGCCUACAUUAAACGAGCAAGAAAUCAUUGUUUUAUUUAAGGCACUUUGAAAUGGGAUGCACUCAACUUUACUCUUGUAUAGCUGCACAAUAGGAAGGUUGUGGGACACCCACACUCACUUCUUUGUAAGGAACCCAACACCUACCAAACACAAUGGAGGUGGAGGAUCUGUUAGCGGUUAAGUUCAAGACUCUGGUUGAAGGACUCAUGAUAAAGACAACCUCAGAGAUAAUCAAAAUGUUCAGCAAAGUGCUGCUGAACACCAGAGUGGAGAUCACCCAGAGCUGGAAGGAAAUCAACUCACUGAAGCAGCAGUUGGAGCUGUGUGAGCUGCAGAAGGCAGAGGCCAUCUUCAGGGCCCAGAGGUUGUCUGAAUUAAAAGGAGAAGAUUACGAGGUGGAAGUAUCAAGUAUGGUUUCUCAGCUUGACACUUCCAACAUGGACACUGUCUGGCCAGAUGCAGAGGGGUCUGAAGACGGAGCUGGAUAUGCCUCAGUGGGGAACAGAGGUGUCAGUCAGGAUAAUCCAAAAACCAAUGGGCCAGAGAUGGCUCAGUCAAGUAAUAGAGGUGCAUCUGGCUGUGAGACCCAGAAAAGCUCUGUAACUACUGCUGCAGUAGAAAACAGCCCAAAGCAAAUGCCAUCAAUGAAAGGGAGAAGACGUUCAAAGUUUCACUUUCCAUCACAGCCCACGGCUAGAAUCACCGCCAAUGGACCAUCUACAAGUAUAGGCACAUUAACAAUUAACCCCAAGUCAGAGGAUAUUAAGACUGUGGUGAAAAAAAGAAAAUAUAUAAAAAAGAAGCAUGUUAAUAGUACUUCUCACGCUCUUCGAGAUAGACAGCGGCUCAGCGUACAGAGACGUUGCCUAUGUUGUUCAUCAGACGAGUGCUAUCUUCAGUCAAGCCCCUCCAGAGCACAUCACCCUAGUGUGUAUAUCUGUCGUAAAUGUGAAAAAAGUUUUAAAACACAUCUUCUGUUCAAGACUCACAAGUGCUCAAUGCCUCAGAGUUGUUACCAGUGUGGGCAGAUGUUCACUACUCUGCAGGGGCUGGCAGCACACAAUCGGGAAGUCAGCCCGUCGAGCAGAUCUCUGUUCAGGUGUAAUCAGUGCGAGCAAACAUUUGUCACUCAGUGCGCUUGGAGCUUGCACAAUAGAAUCCAUUCCCAAACCUUUAGUGUGCCCAAGGAAUUUAAGGCCAAGUUAGAGGUUUGUCUUGAGAGAAUUUCUGACUCUCAGAUCAAAGCUGCCUUAUCCACAAAAAAAUAUUCCCGUACAGAAAACCCAACCAGUCAUACAUCUUCACAAAAGACGCUUUUGAGUGAACCGCAAAAUUCGACUGCGACCAGUUAUAGUGAAGAAUCUACAUCAGAGAACAUUCUUGAGACCAACAAGACACAAAUAUCACCCCCCAGUGUGGCCCAAACUGUAGCAGAAAGCCUGAACUCAAGAUCAGGAACUUUUUCAGAUUCCAGUGUUGAACAGUCAAAUGUCAGGAAAGUAUAUGCAGUAAUGGCAAGUUCCUCUUGCCAAAUUCAGAUUAAUGAAGAUGCAAAUGGCUUGAUGUCACCAAUUGUACAUGGAUCUGAAAACGUAACAGAUGAUGGAAAAAAUUCCAGUGAAAGUGAUGAGUCAGGGCUCUUUUCUCCUUCAAGAAAACGCAAAAUGGCUGAUUGUUCUCAUGAUGCAUAUGAUGGUAUAUUUCCUGUUGAAAAAAUUCUGAGAUGGAGAAACAAUAAGGGAAGAAAUGAAGUUCGAGUCAAGUGGAUGCCAUGCUCGUUGUGUAAUGCACUGACAUAGAGAUAGAUGUUUGUC